CCCCACAGGGUAUGACAGAAUGACGUGUGCAGGGAGGGGGAUGGCACACCACGAUCCACAUCACUGUACGAACACAGCCCUGGGAGACAGUGCAGAGACAAAAGGCACUGCAAGGCUACUAUUUGACAUUUGGCCUCUCACUAGCCUCUGAACUCUGUAAUAAGCAGCCUGUGUACACCUGUUUUGGAAGGAUCUGCUUCUGCCCAUAGCACAACAAUUAAGAACAGUGCCAGAACAGUUGCUCCCCUCAGUGACACCAGGUACUUUACUUGCUCAAACCACAUCUAUUUGGGCAUGCUGGCUCUUUAAUCAGCCCACAAACUUUCCACUGCACUAACCAGGCAUUUAAAUUUAAAACAGGCACUGCUCCCCAGUUCUUACAGCAUUCCCCAAUUCACCUAUGCCCAGCUGUCUCACCGAACAACCACUGUUAAACUCACCUCUUGACAAGUCCUGGUCCUGGGGAGCUCUCCAGUCACCUUCCAAGUUACAGGCUUCUGACGUUCAGAUGUUUCUGAGACCUUCAAUAAAGCCCUACUGAGUUGCUUUUUAUGCUGGCUGCACUGGUUUUUCUUCAUUAACCGGAGGAUUUCUCCCCCCCGAAGACAAUGGAUUACAACACAUUACCUGUGGAUCAGUGGGAUGAGAACCAUGUCCAAUGCUGGCUACAAUCUACUGGAAUCAAGGAAGAAUAUACAAGAAAACUACAUGAAGAAGAAGUGACAGGUCCAGUGCUUAUGGAACUGAAUGAAACUUUCCUCAAAAACAUAGGUAUGAAGAAAGGCCAAAUCCACAUUUUACUCCUCAAAAGAGACGAACUUCGGCAGCUACAGGAAAAUACAAAACAAGAAAAGCAUUCUGGUAGCAAAAUGCCUGACAGAAUUGAUACACAAAGAGAUUCAGUAAGACCCAAAAACAUCCGUCCUCAAAAAAGUUUAAGCAAAGACAGCUGUGGCCCACUACAUGAAACAAGUGGAGAAAACACAGCUUCUACUUCUGGCAAGAAGAAAGGGAGAAAUCAAUGCCAACCUCAAACUACUGAUGAAGUUUUAGAGCUCAGCAAAUGUCGACCGUUUAGAAGUGAAGACACUGAUUUCAAGUACGUGAAAGGCCGAGUUCUUUCUCCAGAAACAGGCGUCAAUGGUUUAAUCAUACCUUGCCACGAAUACAAGUCCUUUGCCAUUGCUGCAGAAUUGAACAAACAGCAGCUGCAGUCAAAGUUUGCCUGUGAAGUGAUACGAUUUGCUUCAGCCUGUAUGAACAUUCGAACAAACGGCACCAUACAUUUUGGUAUCAUGGACAGUGUUGAAGAUACGGGCUAUAAACAUGGACAGAUCAUUGGCAUAAAGGUCAAAGAGAGGGAAUACUAUGUUGAUGCAUUAGAUUACAUAGAAAAAUGUUUUUGUGAAACUAAGCGAGAAACUGCAAGGAAAUGUAUCCACCCACCUGUUUUUAUUGAAGUGAUUUCAACAGACUCUCAGGAACAAAGAUUUGUGGUGGAGGUUGAUAUUGAACCAACAUCCACCUUAGUGAAGAAUAAAAUUUUUGAGGUUUAUUUACCUAAAUACAAUGAAAGCAGCAAGAAGGUGAACCUGACAAAGGAUCGAGCUCUCUAUCAGAGACUAGGAGCAAAAUCUGAACCUGUAAAGGCAGACGAUCUAGUUGCUUUUAUCCAGGACUUACAAGACAGGGAUGCUCAAAGAGAAAAGGCUGAGCUUCUCAGUGCAGAAGUACAUACAGAAGUAUCUCAGAACCUGGGAAGGAAGUUAUCUAUUCUACUAAAUGAUGGCAAGAACUAUAUGGACGAUUCCCUACGGUACAUCCUUGUCACAAACAGAGGUACAGAGGAUGAUCUGAAGUCCAUCAACUUUUUAAUGCAUUUGAACAUUUUCUGUGUCUUUGACUUUGAUGAACAUUCUGUGUCAGGACUGUAUGGAAAGUACAAAGAACACCAUGCAACAAGGUCUUACUUUUUACAGGAUUUUUCCAGUGAAAGCAAGACUGGCAAUCCUCCAACUCAGAAACAUUUGUGUCUGUUUGAUCAGACUAGUUGGAUAUUCUGCAAUGGGCGCAGCGACUACCUUGGGGAUGAUGAAAAACCAUGUGAUGAAAACACAUGGAUUAGAACUAAAAAGAAAUACCUUAAGAAAGCAAUCACUCGUAUCUGUGAUGAAAUCCUGCCAAAGAGGUCUUUCAUUGUGCUUUUCCUAUUGCUAUCACCAGUUAAGAAACCAAUCGUGGACACUUUUCAGGAAUUCUAUACAGAGAUGAAUGGCAUGGAGUACAUCAUUUGCAUUGCAGAGUCCAGAGAAAAUUAUGGGAAGUGGGCUAAUCUAGCUCAGGCAUCAUGCAGCAUUGAGACCCUAGAACAACGCAGCAUUGUGGGAAUGAAACUAAGCCAUGUAGAUGCCACCAUUCAAAAAAUGCUGCCUUCUACAGCACACCCCAGACAUCUGCCAGUUUCCACACGAGCACUAUGCACACUUCCUUCGCUAGAAGAAGAGAAAAUGUUUUCCUUAGAAAUCCUUUGUGUUGAUCAAUGUGAUGAUAUUAAAUUAGAUCUUUUGUCUGAGAAAGAAAUACAAGAAAUAGAACAAAACUUUUACAAAGGGAGAAAAAUCACCUGGAAAAAUUUCUGGCUUGCUGAUAAAGGACACUGUGGGGAAAUCAUUGAACGUGAAGCAUGCAAGGAUGCUAGCAGGCUCCUAGAUGACAUUUUACAAGGAACUGGACUCAACUAUUCUGUGGCUAAACUAAAGAUAUUCCACCAUCCUGGAAGUGGUGGAAGCACAAUAGCACGACAAGUUCUAUGGAAGAGAAGAAAGGACUUAAGAUGUGCUGUUAUCAAAUCCUCGUAUUCACCUGCAACUGUCUGUGAGCAUGCACUUGCAUUUAGAGAUUAUGAAGAGAAAGAAAUCAAUCAUUGCCUUCCUGUGCUCCUCCUAAUUGAAGAUUAUGAUGAAGACUAUUUAGAAGAAAUAAGAAAUGACUUAAUGGAUGCUGUAGCAACUAGAAAAAUUAAUUCCCCCAGACCUUACUUCAUUCUCAUGUCCUGUAGACGAUCCAAUGACCCUGAACGGCUUUGUAAGGCCUCUCCUCUGGACACAGUAGCCGUUACUCACAAGCUGACAGACUCAGAGAAAACUCUGUUCAAAACUAAACUUGAAAAACUGAAGCAGAAAUAUGUUGAGCCAAAAUUCAUACUUACAUUUGUCUUGAUGUGUGAGGAGUUUAAUGAAACAUAUGUGAGAGAUUUUGUAGGCCACAUACUGCAAGACAUAGACCGUUCUUCCCGUGAUACACGUUUGAUGCAUUAUGUGGCUUUGCUUAAUUUUUAUGUACCUAAUUCAUAUGUUUCACUAUCACACUGUGAAGCUUUUCUGGGACUGGGUGCAUAUACAGAAACAAAGUCAAGAGCAUAUGAUUUUAAAAGUAACUUAAGUGAACAAGCAAGAAUGAUUUUUAUUGAACUAAGGGACAAUACCACCUAUAUUUUAUCUGUUCGGAUAAUACACUGUCUGGUUGCAAAAGAAAUUUUGUAUCAGCUUUCAAGGAACGAACCACAAAGUCAAAUUGCAAUGUCUCUUCUUCAGGAAAGGAUGCUUUUUGAAAAUAGAUUUGGACGAGAGGAAUUCAUAAAAUUCAUCAGAGAUCUCUUUAUUCGCCGUGAUAAGAGAAGCAGGGGCGAUAAUACUGACAGCCUCUUCUCACCAUUCAUUGAACACGUCUGUAAAGCUGAAGACUGUGAAAAAGCUAUAGCUGUUCUAAAAGCUGCGUAUGAACUCCUUGGAAAAGAUGCCUUUUUUGCCCAGCAGCUUGCCAGACUGCAUUACAACAACGAAAAAUUUGAAGAUGCAGAAUAUUGGGUAGGUGUUGCAAAACUUCGUUUGCCAAAUGACUCUUACAUUCUGGAUACAGAAGGUCAAGUCUACAGGAAAUGGUUUAGUUUCACUGUGGAUAAGGUGACAGACCUUCCUGACAUUGACAAGAUAGAGAUUGCUCUAAAAGCUAUGAAAUGCUUCAGGGCUGCGCAACAGGCUGCAAAAGCAGAAACAGAUAACAUGAACAACGCUGGCUAUUUUGGAGAAGUAGAAGUAGGAUGUCGUCUCCUUAAAUUUUUGUCCACAGUUGAUGUAUUUCGCACAAGUCCAGAGGGGGAGUACUCUGAGCUUGUGAAAUACCUGAUCACAGAUUACAUUCCUAAAGACAUUGAAAAAACAUGGGGAAAGCUUCACUCACGCUUAAAAGGCUUACGCCAGAACCUGUACAAUGCUCUGGAAUGGAUUUCAGAAGACCUAAGUUAUUUCCAAACAGAUAAAAACCAUGAGAAGGAAGAUGAUGAUGAAAAAGCUGAAAAGGAGGAACAAGUUUAUAAUCCCAGGAAAUGGCUUAAGAGACAGUCUGAGGUAUAUGCCAAAUUCUUCAUCUCAGCAUCACUUAUUGGGGACAACAGUGGUCCUAAGAGCCAGCUGAUGAAAGGCAUGACUAUUUAUAAGAGAGGUGGAGGCAGUGUCACAAAUAUCCUGUCAUUCUUGACAGAUAAGAAGGAGAACAGGUCAGCUGAAAAGCUAGAAGAGAUCCUUAGUUUCUAUCCAGAAAAUGCACUAAGGGACAGGCUGGAGGACACCGAUCUGAUCAAUUACAUUUUGAGCCACAUUGUAUUAUCAUGCUUAUCUCCAGGAUCUGCCAAACUUCUUCCAAUGCAAACUCUCCGUGAACUCAGCACAAGAUUCUUUAAAGAAAAAAGAACGUUUCCAGCAAGUGCCCAUUUUUUGCUGACCUUACUGUAUUGGCCAGAUGAGGCAUUAGACAAAGAGCCCAAUCCAGUCAAAGACGAGAUUUUAAGUUCAGCACUUCAAACCCUAAAACGUUUAUAUGACAUCAAGAUGAAAGAUGUUCCUCCCAGGAAGAAAAGAAUCUACACCCACUUUUUCCUAGGAAAGGGCUAUGGCUUAAUCAAGAUUGUGCAAAAAAAUAAAAUUGAUAAAUUAAUUAGUGGGUCCUUAGAUGAGAAGAGAAUGAAGUGGCUACAUGGAACCGUAUGGAAUAAUGCCAGGAUACGUGACAUUCUCAGAAGAGUUUCAGGUUGGACCAAGGAUAGAAAUUUAUUUAUACGUGGCCAUAUGAAGGAGUUUCCAGUCUUGCCACUCCAUCGUGAUUCAGUGCCUACUGGAAAUGAGAAUGUGACCUUUUAUUUAGGAUUUUCAUUUAACGGUCUUGUUGCUUUCAAUAUUGAGGUUGAAAAUAAUCUAAACAUUUCAAGUGGCACCAGAGUACACAGUGUUUAGUUCAUUAACAGUAUCUCCUGCACUGUUAGACAGCACAGCAUUGGAAAAGGCCUGUUGUCACACAUUGAAGAAAAAGAAGCCUGCAUUGGCUGGACACCAGGUAGUAAGAUAACCACAAACUACUCCUACGCUAUAAGAAUCUAAAAAAUUUGAAACCUACUAGUAAAAAUAUUUUUUCAAGCAGAAGCCUUUUCUGUUUUUGUAGUUAAACAAAAUUUUCUAUCUAAAGCGGCAAUAAUUCCUAUAUUUGCUUUGAGCUCAAAGACCCUAGACAUUCAGCUAAUUUCUGGGUGACCUUCAUCAAUUAAAGAAUGUAUCUACUGUUAACUCUAUGGUGUUUUUUCUUCUCCCUGAACUGGAAACAAAGUGUUUAAGUGAACUUAAAACAUAUACACUACACUGGCUUUAAUAUACUUCACUCACUACCACGUACCAUGUAUUAUAUACACCUAUGCAUCAUCAACUGCAAGCCAACGUCUAUUACAGAAGCAGAGAAGAAUAAUUAGCCAUUUUUAAAAUUGACUCUGCAAACAUCGGAAGUGAUAAAAAUGGUCUCAGUUUUUACAUCACUUCUACAUUGCUUCUCCAUGUAGACAUUAAAAAACAUACUGCAUGCAUCUAUAGCUGGGGGAGGGGAGCAGAGACAUAAGCAGUUACAUAGUCGUGACAUAAAAUAUUAUUUGUAGGAGCUGCUAUGAUUUCAUAGUCCAAACAAUUCCUGCACUUGGGAAAGUGUUUCUGCAGCAUUAUCCAAGAUAUCCACAUGCUAUAUAUACAGUAGACAAACUUACAAGUUCUAUCUAUUCUUGAAAAAGUCAUCUUUGUCUAGCCUUAUUUACUAAUAUAAAAAAUACAAAGGAGUUUGUUGUCAGUACUGCUUCUGCAAGCAUUAUGGCACAUGAAGUCUUUAAUAACAAAGCAGCCUACUGUUUGAACCUAGCAUUGUUCGAUAGUGACAGAGUUGCUAAAGUUUUCUAGAAGACCUAUAAUACAGCUUAAGUUUUAACAAUCACAAUUUCUCCAGGAGCUGAAUUACCCUACCUGAAGGUAUAGUUCUAACAGCAGUAAGGCGUGAUUUGCUUUUCCAGCUUCAGUCAUGAUCUGGGCACAGCCAAAACUGUAAAAGGAAUUGCAAGGCACUAUGAAUUCAGAUCAACUUAAAUUUCAAAACAGGAUGAAACCAAUAAAAAUUCUAGUUCAAGCCUUCACUUUCUGGUACCCAGGAAGAAGCAAAGCUUGUAAGUACUGGUUAGGCAACAGUUGUCUCCAUACCUUGCUUUCAACCUGGGAGCGACACACAGCAGCAAAGCUGUCUGUUUCACGGGUUGCACUUCCUGAUUGUGCAAUCCAGGCUGGCAGAUUUUGGUAAAGCACAUCAAUGGCAACUUUCCUCAAGAUGUGCUAGAAAGGCACACCAGAGGGACAAACCAUGACAACAUCUUAACUGCUAGCUGCCAGAGAGUUGGGGUGCUGGAGGAAGCACCUUCAGCCCAGCCCUGAUGCAGCAACAGCGGAAGGGGAUCUGAAAAGUUAAUUAAGCAAAGGCAGUUUUCUUAAGUCUGCAUGGGCCAUAAGAGUGGCUUCAAUAUGGCAUAGCCCAAAGCAGAAAUAGGAAGUGAGAUCUUACUGAACUGCAUGAGCUAAAAGCAAGCAUUUAAUUCCUGAUCGUUCAUACAACCUGCUCACAUGCUGUGACAAGAGGAAAGAUUUUGUUUUAAAACAGAAACUGCUAUCACAAUGAAAAACAAGACAGAAGACUUGGCCAAGAGGCUUUGUCUUGUAACUUGUUUUCUUAAACCCAGCCUGCCAGGCACCUGAGACUGUAGACAGCAAUCCUAUGACUGGUAGCCCACACAUUUUUAUACAGUCAGUUCAGAAAAAGGACAGUAGAUUAGCACCAAAAGACAGUUAAAUAUUAAAAAUUUGAGAUUCACUUGUCUCCAGGUAUAAAAUCACUUCAAGAUAAGGCUCAUAUGAAUGAGUUCUUGCAUGGUUUAUAGGCAGAGAGCUAGUACAAGUCAUUCAAACCAAAACAUGGGUGAAGAUGGAUUUUAUAAGCACUUUGAAACAGCUGACAUUUGUUGCUAUGAUUUAAAUAGGUCCUCAAGAGAAGAAAAAACACACAGAAUCAAUGGUUCACUUAUGUUUAAUUAGAGACUGUUACAAAGUAGUAGAUAAACAUUACAGAUUUGUGUAUGUUAAUUAUUCAUUCUUGAAGCACGUGGUUCCCAAGGGAUGCAAGUGAUGUUAACUCCGUAUUCUCUUUCAAUCUUCUUUGUAAACUGAAUGCUAAUAAAAUUAAGCUACAGUUA